AUGGCAUCCAUUUCAGCGAACUCUGAAGCUGAUCGACUGGCGCAGCUAAAGGCCUUCGACGCAACGAAAGCCGGUGUGAAAGGGCUGGUAGAUGCGGGAGUGAGAGAAAUCCCUCCUAUCUUCUACACGCCGCCUGAUAUCAUGGACAACAACAAAUCAAGUGAUGACAAGAAGUUCACCUUCCCCGUCAUUGACCUCGAAGGCACGGCCACAGAUCCUGCCAAGCGGAAGGAGAUCGUCGAGAAAGUUCGAGAUGCUUCCUCCACUUGGGGAUUUUUCCAGGUCCUUAACCAUGGAGUUCCACUCAACGUCCUGGAGGAGAUGAAAGCCGGAGUGAAGAGGUUCUACGAGCAAGAUCUCGACGAGAAGACUAAGUUCUUCUCACGUGACUACAGUACUAACAUGAUGGUUGGUACGAUUUGCUACGAACAUUUUGAGCAACAACUUCAAACUAUAUACAGGGAAAUCCUGAUGGAGUAUUCCAAGGAGAUGGUUAAGAUGGGCUACCUGAUCAUUGAGCUGCUCUCGGAGGCUCUAGGACUUGACCCAAAUUACCUGAGAAAUAAGGAUUAUCAUGUUGGGGGGCUCCAAGUGCUCCAUCAGGAUCAGUGGGUUGACAUAACUCCACUCCCAGGAUCCCUUGUAAUCAACAUCGGAGAUUUGCUUCAGGUAAUAUGUUGA